AAAACCCCCAUCGAACGUGGCCCCUCAACAGCACUCACCAGCGGCGCCUCCUCUCGCCACCUAAUGCAUCUUCACGUGAAGAUUUUAACUGAUAUGCACAAUAAUUGUUCCAUAAAAUCAACCCAUGAAGACCUUUGUCCACUUUCUCCGCUACAUUCCAAUCCUCCCGCUUCUAUAAAACCCCACCAACGCCGCCACUCUGUUUACCCCUCAAACGAAGGAGCUCCGCCUCCCAUACACGUUACAUUAAUUCAUGCAAGAAUAGAUAGAGGAAAAAAAAGGAAUAGAAGACAGAAAAGAAUGUUGCUGAGGACUUCUUCAGCGCCAGUCUUGAGAUCAUGGCUCCAGAAUUCAACUGCCGGGUCGGGGUCAUCGGCGGAAUGCGACACCCUGCCGCAAUUGCCCAGAACCCGAUCUUUCUGCCUGUCGAUGUCGUUUGAGGACAGCUUCGGGAGGAGUCCCCCGACUCAUACGGAUCUCAAGGACCCGGCCAAGCCCAAGAAGAGCUUGAAGCUCUCCGCGAAAAUCAAGGAGAGAAGAUCAGGGCAGGAGGUGGGCUCCAUUUUCCUGUCGGGUUCCGGGUUGGGAGGUGCGGGUAUAGAAGAGGAGUUUUCACUAGUGCCGGAAAAGGGGAGAGUGCCGCAGACGCUGGUGGUGGGCGGAGGCGUUGCGGGUGGCGGAGGUGGUAGGAUUUGUGGUGGUGGGAGAGGCUCGAAUGAUGGGUCGGAUUCGGAUUCACAGGAUCCAGGGAGUUGGCAUGGGAGUGAUAGUAUAGAUGCAUACUAUGAGAUGAUGAUACAAGCUAAUCCGGGGAACCCUCUCUUACUAGCAAAUUAUGCUAAAUUCUUGAAAGAGGUUAAGGGAGACGUUGCAAAGGCAGAAGAGUACUGUGGAAGGGCAAUUUUGGCUGACUCAAGUGAUGGUAAUGUGCUAUCACUUUAUGCUGAUCUAAUAUGGCAGACACAAAGGGAUGCUGCUAGAGCCGAGACUUACUUUGAUCAAGCUGUUAAAACUGACCCCAAUGACUGUUACGUUCUGGCUUCAUACGCUCGAUUCUUGUGGGAUGUCGAGGAUGACGAAGACGAACUAAAAGACGAAUACGGAACUCAGAGGACGAGUUCACCGUCUAAGUUACUCCAGGAAGAAUCUCACUGGCCUCCUAUUGCAGCAGCUUCUUGAUCUAAUGCCUCUUUCUCUAAUGUCCUUAAGUUUGUGGUGUUAUUGUACUAAUGAAGUUAAGAGUUGCUAACUCAUGUAUGAAUCUUAUAUGGUCUUUUGUGAAUAUAGAGGAAAAACAAGAUUCCUGACAGUAACAACUUGUUGUAUAAGUUCUGGCAUACUGAUCUUUCCUUUGUUUUGAUUUGGCCCCCAAGAAACUGAUGUUUCUGAUGCAAGUGGUUUAUCUUGAGAGAACACUUUGUGGA